AUGCCUAGUGAGCAUAACUCUCAGCAACAGCGAAAAACUAAGGCCAAAGUCCCGAAGCCACCGCGAGGUUCUGGCCUCAAUCCAUCAGGCGAACUGGCAACUGACCAACUCUAUAUCCCCACUGAACAGCCACAGAUGUCCUCUUUUGACUUCGACGCCCAUGCGGCCCCUGGAGGUUGGCAGGGCAGUAACAACGAUAGUGCACUUCCCACUCCAAUGCCAAGUAGCAGCUCCCUGCAUAGCUGGAGCAUGCAGGGCGCCAACACCGAUAGUCACUUAUCUUACGGCCAUUCCUAUGACACUUCGUCUUUGGAGCACGCCAGCACCGACUUCGAUGAUGAUCACCCCCCUUACAACUCCAACCCUCAAUUUUACGACACUGCGUCCAUGGAAGCGCCCUCCCAGGGCGCUUACCCACCUCAAGGAUCCUCUCAAGGCACUGCCGCCAGCACAAGUGCAACUGAUGCGACGCCCAUACAACAAGGCGAAAUUCCAUGCAUGGAUGUGAUGCAUACGGCGGGCCCAGCAAGGGAGCCAAAGCAGCGAGGCCAACAACGAGCUAUGCCGCCUACGCCACACUUGAUCCCCUACCCAGCCACGCACCCACAAGGCGCUUCCGAAUCUGCUCCCACAGCCUCAGCCUCAGCCUCAGCCUCCACCUCGCAACCUAUGUCCUCAACAUCUGACCUCAUCCAACUAACAGACAACAUCAUCGGCCAGACCAUGAAAAUGGCAACACGGCUGGUCACGCGCGAGCUAUUCGAGGAGCAAGCAAUGGCGAUCAACAAAGCCGCCAAGAAGAUAAUGCUGAAUCGAGUCAUCCGGGACUCCAUCCCACGUUGUUUUGGACCUAACACAACAUUUCAGGAAUUCAUUACUAACAAACAUCGCAAAGAAGUCGCGAAUGCGCUGUCAUCCACGUGCGGGAAGCUCAUUGAAUUCGCGCGGGACGGCGUCUUCCACGCGUACAGACUUUUCCCUCCGCGGUACAGUAACGCGCCUGCUGUCAUCUUUCGCAAAUACAUGAUCAAAAAGAUCAUGCGUGAUGCAGACAGACUCGUUUUCAUGCAUAUCUACACUUUUGACCAAAAUGGACGUGUCGAAAUCAAGGCAAAGUUUCAAAACUUCUUCAUCAUGGCCAACGUGAUCUGCUUCACUUGGUCUCACUUACGCCACGAGUUUCUCGGCGAGACGGAAGAAGAACAGCUCAAAUGUUUGAAGGUGAUCUGGGCGCUCGCCGGCGCAGCGACGUUCUGCGGCCUAGACGAGCAGUUUGAGGAUGAGUUGAAGGUUGAGUCUUUUGGGGGGAUGGUCGUCAAUCGUAAAUUCCUUUCUAUUCUAGCCGCCAUCAACAACCUCACUGGGGACGAGCGAGUAGAAUUCAACGACUUUUUAUGGUACGUGUUGGUAGUUGGAGCCUCACAAGUGGGCUCGUAA